AUGUUUGCUGACAUGGAGAAGGGAUCGAGCUACUGGUAUGGCCUGGCAACUGGGUUCCUCGGCGGGCGUACAAUAGCAGAGCACCUAAGUGGCCCAUUACCAAAACCGAGAGUUGAACAAACAACCAACGUAUUACAUAGCCCCUCUCCUCUUUUGAAUGUCCUCCCCCGGGCUCCCUUCGGUCGACCUUUCGCGUCAGCCACCAAAACGCAUCCGGGUGAUCGCUGCGGUCCAACAAAGUUUGGCCAAUCCCCAAUACCGGGAUUCUCGCCGAUUCAACCGUUCACCGAAGGUGGCACCCUUCAGUAA